AUGUCUUCUGAGCCAACAAGUUUUACUAUUGAACAAAACAAAAAGGCAAUCAACGACUAUGACUUAUGUGAAUCCAUUGAAUAUGAAGAUGGAAUGAGAAACUUGUACGCUGAUGUAGAUGGCAAUUUAGUCCACGAGACAUUUGAAGAGAUCCGAGACAAAUAUCCAAAGAUGUCCGAAAUUGUUUCUAAAAUCAAUCUAAAAGACAACCCAAGUUGGUAUGUAAGCACCCAGUCUGAUCCACAACAAGGAAUAUUUGAGGUCAUCCCUCAUAAAAUCUAUCAAUACAGAAACAGAGCAGUCGAUAUCGCAAGUCUCACUUUGAUACGAGGAAAGACGGGGUGGAUUGCAGUCGACACAAUGUCAACAGUCCCGGCUUGUAAGAAGGCAGCUGAUGCCAUUAUGAAAGCAGUUGAAACUGCCCCAAUAGUUGCUGUUAUCAUAUCACAUUCACACUUCGACCAUUUUGGUGGAUACACUGCUGUUGGAAACGAAGACACUCCGCUCUUUGUUCCUGAGAAGUUCGAGGAAAGUUUCUUGGAUGAGAACAUUUAUGUCAACGAAGCACAGGCAAGGAGACAACAAUACAUGUAUGGCACUUUCUUGCACGACUCGAUGACUAAAGUGACUGACAACACAAACUCAAAAGAUAAGCCAUUGACUUGUUUGCCAAAGAGUAAACAUACAACUGCCAUUAAAGAAAAGUGCACCAUAGAGAUUGAUGGAAUCGCAUUCGAAUUUAUCCCAACUCCAAACACUGAGGCGCCAGCAAAUAUGAUGUUCUAUUUGCCCGAAUUUAAAGCAAUAUUUGUUGCCGACAACUUUGCUUCUUGUAUGCAUAAUCUUGGAACAUUAAGAGGAGCUAAGGUCAGAAGCGGUAAGAUUUGGAGCAAAGCACUUGAUGAUGCAAUUGUGAGUUAUGGGAAGGACAUCCAAAUUCACUUUGCGGGACAUGGUCCAGCACUCUUUGGGAAUGAAAGAAUCAACAAGUUCUGGCGAACCAAAAGAGAUUUGUACAAGCACAUCCACGACCAGACACUGCGAUAUGCCAACAAGGGUUAUAACAUGACUGAAAUUGCCGAGUUUGUGAGACUUCCCGACAGUCUCAAUAAAGAGAGGUGUUGCAGAGGACUGUAUGGCUCACUCAAUCACAACAUCAAAUCACAAUAUCAAUUAUACCUUGGAACAUAUGACAGCAAUCCAGCACACUUGGACGAACUUCCACCACGCGAACUUGCAGUGAAGUUUGUUGAGGCGUUUGGUGGUGUUGAAAAGACACUUGAGAUUGGACAAGACGCUUACAACAAAGGCGAAUACCGAUGGGCAGCAACAGUCUUGAAUCACUUGGUAUUUGCAGAUGUCAACAACAUGAAGGCACGCGAACUGCUUGCUACAACAUACGACCAACUGAGUUACGUUGCCGAGUGCGCAAGUUGGCGAUACAACUACCAAACAGCCGCUUACGAGUUGAGAAAUUUGAACGACAAGAAACCACGAGACUUCAGUUUCCCAAUUGAGGCGAUUCCAAUGAGAGACUUUGGGGACUUCCUUGCUGUUCAUGUUGAUCCAAAUGUGAUAGAAGGACUUGACUGCAAGAUCAGAAUAGAAGACACAAACAACAAAGAAUCAGCAAUACUUGUCAUUUGCAACUCUACAAUUAACUCAAGAGAUGGUGGUGAUGAGUACGAUGGAGAGAUUAAAGGAAGUAAACAAGACUUAGUAGACAUCUUCAUGAGAAAGCAGAAACUCGACGAGUUGAUUGAGAAAGGAAAAAUUAUAGUGAAAAAUGAAAAGAUUGUGAAAACACUUGUUGAGGGCAUUGACUGCGUGCCAAAGUACUUCACUUUUGUUGAGCCACACGUCUAA